AUGUUUCCAGGAAAAAGGGAAAACGUACUUGACAGAUCUCCUUCUCCUGAUCUUUGUGUUCUGCUUCUUGGUUUUGUGCCUGAUCUCUCUCUUUUUUGUGGCUAUGGGUGUUUUGGUUCAGCUGCUGUUGCCUGGGAGGCAGGGAAGCCAUUGGUGAUCGAAGAGGUCGAGGUGGCACCACCCCAAGCCAUGGAGGUCAGGAUAAAGAUCCUCUUCACUGCCCUCUGUCACACUGAUGUGUACUUCUCGUUCUUGGAUUUCCUAAAAGCUCUGCAGGCUGCUGAAGGUGCAAGGGUCGCCAGAGCUUCACGAAUUAUUGGAGUUGAUCUGAACCCCAACAGAUUUGAAGAAGCGAAGAAAUUUGGUUGCACAGAGUUUCUGAACCCCAAGGACUAUGAUAAACCCAUUCAAGACGUGAUUGCAGAAAGGACCAAUGGUGGGGUUGACAGGAGUGUUGAGUGCACAGGGAACAUCAAUGCCAUGAUAUCAGCCUUUGAGUGUGUUCAUGAUGGAUGGGGUGUUUCCGUUCUGGUUGGUGUCCCACACCAAGACGCAGCAUUCAAGACACACCCCAUCAAGUUCUUGAAUGAAAAAACACUGAAGGGAACGUUCUAUGGUAACGACAAGACACACACUCACAUCGCCCGGGGUGGUUGA